CCGUAUACUAACUCAGUAUUUUUUAACAACGUGGAGUCAUGUGGAGACAAAUCACGUGAUGUUGUAGGCGUGGCCAAGGCGUGGUUUACUGCAAAAUGGAGUUUUAUGAAAAAGCUAAAGAUUUGCUCUCCAAAAAUCAACUAGAAGAAUGCCACGAGGCAUUGAAUAAACUAAUUGAUAGUAGAAAUAGCUUAUCUUCAAAUAGUCUGUCUCUCCAGGUACUAGCAGACGCUUAUAACACAAGAGGACAUAUAAAAUACUUAUGGGUUGACUUUGAUGCAGCCAUUUUGGACUAUUCCGAGGCUAUUCAGUGUGAUCCUUCAUUGGCUGUUGCUUAUUACAACAGAGGACAGAUUCAUUAUAGGAUGGGUCGUUACAGUUUAGCUGAGGUUGAUCUCCUCCAGGCUUUAAAACUAAAGCCAGACUUUACGGAUGCCGCUUUAAAUCUCCGCCAAGUACAGAAAGAUAUUGCAAGUGGUCACAAAUUUAACGUAUAAAAACUAAGAAUAAUAAAUGAAAUGUGCAUAUCUAAUUGUCUCUAUUUUAUGUUGUGUUUUUUUUACUACAACCUAUGUACUACAAA